AUGGGCGAAAACCUUCAGGGAUACAUAACUGAUGCAAUGGGCGGAUAUCUUCAGGGAUACAUAACUGAUGCAAUGGGCGAAAACCUUCAGGGAUACACAACUGAUGCAAUGGGCGGUUAUCUUCAGGGAUACAUAACUGAUGCAAUGGGCGGUUAUCUUCAGGGAUACAUAACUGAUGAAAUGGGCGGUUAUCUUCAGGGAUACAUAACUGAUGCAAUGGGCGGUUAUCUUCAGGGAUACAUAACUGAUGCAAUGGGCGGAUAUCUUCAGGGAUACAUAACUGAUGCAAUGGGCGAAAACCUUCAGGGAUACAUAACUGAUGCAAUGGGCGGAUAUCUUCAGGGAUACAUAACUGAUGCAAUGGGCGGAUAUCUUCAGGGAUACAUAACUGAUGCAAUGGGCGAAAACCUUCAGGGAUACAUAACUGAUGCAAUGGGCGAAAACCUUCAGGGAUACAUAACUGAUGCAAUGGGCGGAUAUCUUCAGGGAUACAUAACUGAUGCAAUGGGCGGAUAUCUCCAGGGAUACAUAACUGAUGCAAUGGGCGGAUAUCUUCAGGGAUACAUAACUGAUGAAAUGGGUGGAUAUCUUCAGGGAUACAUAAGUGAUGCAAUGGGCGAAAAUCUUCAGGGAUACAUAACUGAUGCAAUGGGCGGAUAUCUUCAGCGAUACAUAACUGAUGCAAUGGGCGGAUAUCUUCAGGGAUACAUAACUGAUGCAAUGGGCGAAAAUUUUCAGGGAUACAUAACUGAUGCAAUAUUCCUAUCAUUUAAUGAACGUUAUUAA